AACACUGCAAUGGCCGUUGUCAGUCAGUCCGUCCCCAUUUCAUAUUGCGCUGUAUUUGCAGUCAACUCCACUCCCAACACGCCCAGAACAAACAUCUUUCUUUUCUUUUCCCUCUUUCCCAUGAAUUUCCACUUUGAAAAACGCAAAUCCCAUCACCAAGCCACCAAUAUCUCUGUCUGUCUGUCAUGUUAUUCUAAUCCCAUCCCCUUUUAUUCUCUUCUCUGCUCUUUUCCUUACUCUUCUGGCUCCUUUCUUCCCCUUCUGAAUCCUGACAAGGAGAGCUUGGUGAAUAGUCUUCUCUACAAUGAGGAGUUGCACCAUUUACAGCCUUUAUCUGCUCAUAAAUUUCUUCUUCUGUUUAUACCCUUUGGUCUUCUGUCAACUAACUUCAAACCAGACGAACAUAAUGAUCAAUAUUUCUCAGCAGCUUGACAUCCCAAGUUCACCUUGGAAUUCUACAAAAGAGCCGAACCCGUGCCGUUGGAAAGGAGUUACAUGCAACAUCCCUCUCAACAACUCCAUAGUCUCUCUUUCUUUAUCCGGGUUUGGUCUCUCUACCUCUAAAUUUCUACCUAUGUUUUGCCAGAUUGAUUCUCUGCAGUAUCUUAACUUGUCAAACAACUUUUUGGUGUCAAUCCCUGAUGAGUUUUUCAAUAGUUGUGGAAGGAUUGAUGGGUUAAAGAGCUUGGACUUUAGCAACAACAAGUUGGUUGGUUCUUUGCCUACUUUUCAUAAAUUUGUUGGAUUGGAAUCCUUGGAUUUUUCUUUCAAUUCUUUGAGUGGGAGUAUUAAUUCUCAGUUAAAUGAUUUGAGUGCACUCAAAAUAUUGGGUCUUGUGCUUUCUAAGAAUAACUUCUCAGGUCCAAUACCAACUGAAAUUGGAAUCUAUCAGAAUUUGGUCCGGAUUGAUCUUAGUUUUAAUAGCCUUAGUGGACAAAUUCCUGCAAGUAUUGGGAACCUCACCAAGUUGCAAGUCCUCAUUCUAUCUUCCAAUAAGUUGACAGGGUUGAUCCCUGCAACCCUUUCAAGUAUCACAACGCUGCGGAGGUUUUCAGCCAAUCAAAACAAAUUUGUUGGUUCAAUUCCUAGUAAUAUCACAAAAUUUCUCAGUAUUUUAGAUCUUAGUUAUAAUAAUUUAAUUGGGGGAAUUCCAUGGGACUUUCUGUCACCAUCAAACUUGCAGACCGUGGAUUUGUCUUAUAAUAGGUUGGAGGGACCAAUACCUGGAAGAAUGUCUUCAAGUUUGAUCAGGUUAAGAUUGGGUAGCAAUUCACUCAGUGGCCCUAUCUCUUCAAUAGAUUUUGCAUCACUUAAGAAUUUGAUGUAUUUGGAGUUGGAAACAAACAGCUUUACUGGAAUGAUACCUCCAGAAAUCGGUUCUUGCUCGAAGUUGGCACUCUUGAACUUGGCUCAGAAUCAGCUGAAUGGAACGUUGCCGGUGGAGCUGUUUAAUCUUACUAACCUUCAGGUUCUGAAACUGCAACUCAACAAGGUUGGUGGUGAAAUCCCAAGUCAAAUUGGCCAAUUGCGAAUGUUAUCCGUACUUAAUAUCAGCUGGAAUUCGCUCAAUGGCAUCAUACCUUCGUCAAUUUCAAAUUUUAGAAAUCUUGUUAACUUGAACUUGCAAGGCAACAAUCUCACUGGUCCUAUACCUGAUCAAAUUAGCAACUUGAAUUCUCUGCUAGAAAUCCAGCUUGGAGAAAAUAAAUUGAGUGGCAAGAUUCCCUCUAUGCCACUAAAUUUGCAGAUUUCUUUGAACCUCAGUUCGAACCUCUUUGAAGGACCCAUUCCAAAGGCUCUUUCUGGACUGGAUAGUUUGGAAAUUUUGGAUCUCUCUAACAACAAAUUCUCAGGUGAAAUUCCUGAUUUCCUGCUUGGCUUGUCUUCACUGACAGAGCUAAUACUUUCCAAUAAUAUGCUAUACGGAGUUAUUCCCAAGUUCAGUCAACAUGUUUCAGUCAAUACAAGUGGAAAUCCAGGACUUAAAAAUGCAACAACAAAUUAUCCAGUGUCAAGUAGCAAGAGAAAAGAAAUUGCUGUGACAAUUGUCAUUACACUUGCAGCAGCUGCUCUUGCUGUAGGGGUAGUUGCAGUUAUUUUCCUACUGAUCUCAAGACACUUGUACAAGGUUAAAGAUGCCCAAACACAAUCAUGGCAAGAACUUUCUCCUCCUCGGAUUAUGCAAGGUAACUUUUUGACAGCAAAUGGAAUCCAUAGAUCAAAUAUUGACUUUGCCAAAGCCAUGGAAGUGGUUGCCAAUCCAGCAAAAGUUGUUCUGAAAACCAGGUUUUCCACCUAUUACAAAGCUAUCAUGCCAUCAGGAGCUAGCUAUUACGUCAAGAAGCUUAACUGGAGUGACAAGAUAUUCCAAUUGGGCAGCCAUGAUAAAUUUGAGCAAGAGCUAGAGGUGUUGGGGAAGCUAAGCAAUUCAAAUGUCAUGAUUCCUUUGGCCUAUGUAUUGACAGUUGAUAGUGCAUAUCUAUUCUAUGAAUUUGCCCCUAAGGGUACCCUCUAUGAUAUCCUUCAUGGCAGCUUGAAAAAUUCUUUGGAUUGGGCAAGUCGUUACAGUAUAGCAGUUGGAGUAGCUCAAGGUCUUGCUUUUCUGCAUGGAUGUGCUUCAAGUCCGAUUCUCCUCCUUGACCUUUCAAGCAGAAGCAUUGUGCUUAAGUCUUUGAAGGAGCCACAAGUUGGAGACAUUGAGCUUUGUAAAGUAAUCGACCCAUCCAAGAGCUCUGGAAGCCUUUCCACAGUUGCCGGUUCUGUAGGCUAUAUUCCUCCAGAGUAUGCUUAUACAAUGAGGGUAACAAUGGCUGGAAACAUUUAUAGCUUUGGAGUUAUACUGCUGGAAUUGCUGACAGGAAAACCCGCAGUUAGUGAGGGAACUGAGUUAGCCAAGUGGGUAUUGAGUAACUCAGUGCGGCCGGAUAAGAGGGAUCACAUCCUUGAUUUUAGUAUCAGUAGGGCAUCAUUGGUGAUCAGAAACCAGAUGCUUGCAGUCUUGAAAGUUGCUCUUGCUUGUGUUUGUGUUUCACCAGAGACAAGGCCCAAAAUGAAGAGCGUGCUAAGGAUGCUCCUCAAUGCAAGAUAAUUCCACCUCGGACUUUGUAUUGUAUCCUUGAUUAGCUACUGAGUUUGUUGUUUCAUACAAAUUACAGAUAGAUAGAAGAAAACUAGUUUUGUCACACAAGGCUAUGGCUGCCCCCGGAAGGCAACCUGCAUGUAGAAACGGUUUGUUUUGAAUGUAUUAUCAUAUGUAAUAAAAUAGUAUGGUUUGUUUUGAAUGCAUUCUCAUAUGUAAUAGAAUAGAAUUGUCACACAAGGGUAUGGCAGCCCUUGGAAGGUAACCUGCAUGUAGAAAUGGUUAGCUUUGAAUGCAUUCUCAUAUGUAAUAUAAUAGUAUUGUCACACAAAGACCUGUAAACUCAGUUAUAAACAGCAGUCAAAGCCCCUGUUCUGAUUG